AUCAAUCGACUCUCAAACCCGAAGACAGAGUUAACGUCAUGGGGCUAUCAGCUCAGGAAUUAGCCGAUGCAGGUGGAUCACUCACAGUCGGCUUCUACAAUAUACUAGAACACGAUGAACACGCAUGCAUGUUGCAUGAGGAGCAUGCACUCCUGCUCAAUGCAACUAUUGUAGAACCCCUAGCGCACAUCAUAGAGUUGUACGAGCAGAGAUCGAAACAG